GUUUGUUUUGUGUUUACAAGCCUGAAGAUGGCUGCUGCUUCUUCCUGCAAUGUGGAAGAAGAUGAGAGCCUGAAGGGAUGUGAACUUUAUGUUCAGAAGCACAACAUCCAACAGAUUCUAAAAGAGUGCAUUGUAAAUCUUUGCAUAGCAAAGCCAGACCGACCCAUGAAAUUCCUCAGAGAACACUUCGAAAAAUUAGAAAAGGAAGAAUGCAAACAAAUACUGGCUCGGCAGAAAUCCAGUUCCCAGUCUGAUUCUCAUGAUGAUGAGAUUUCCCCUCCUCCUCCCAACCCAGUGGUGAAGGCCCGACGCAGGAGAGGGGGAGUCAGUGCAGAGGUGUACACAGAGGAAGAUGCUGUUUCUUACGUUAGAAAGGUUAUUCCCAAGGACUAUAAAACUAUGACUGCUCUGGCAAAGGCCAUCUCCAAGAACGUGCUCUUUGCUCAUCUUGAUGACAAUGAACGAAGUGACAUAUUUGAUGCCAUGUUCCCUGUUACGCACAUUGCAGGAGAAACAGUCAUUCAACAGGGUGAUGAGGGAGACAACUUCUAUGUGAUUGACCAAGGCGAGGUGGAUGUUUAUGUCAAUGGAGAGUGGGUCACCAGCAUUGGAGAAGGAGGUAGCUUUGGGGAGCUUGCGCUGAUCUAUGGAACACCCAGGGCUGCUACGGUCAAGGCCAAGACAGAUCUCAAACUCUGGGGCAUCGACAGAGACAGCUACAGACGCAUUUUAAUGGGCAGCACACUGAGGAAGCGGAAGAUGUAUGAAGAAUUCCUGAGCAAGGUCUCCAUUUUGGAGUCCCUGGACAAAUGGGAACGUCUGACAGUGGCUGAUGCACUGGAACCUGUCCAGUUUGAAGAUGGAGAAAAGAUUGUCGUGCAGGGAGAGCCUGGAGAUGACUUUUUCAUUAUUACAGAGGGAACAGCUUCAGUUCUUCAGCGCAGAUCUGAUAAUGAGGAGUACGUAGAAGUUGGAAGACUUGGUCCAUCAGAUUAUUUUGGUGAGAUAGCAUUAUUGCUCAAUCGGCCCCGGGCUGCUACAGUGGUGGCACGUGGACCCCUGAAGUGUGUAAAGCUAGAUCGUCCCCGCUUUGAACGAGUGCUCGGUCCUUGUUCUGAAAUCCUCAAGAGAAACAUUCAGAGAUACAACAGUUUCAUUUCGCUCACUGUCUAAAUGAUUCCUUUUGGAUAGCUGCCUUUGUGUGACCUUGUGCACUUAAAUUUGCGCUGUGCAGCUCCAUAGCUUUAUGAAGGAAAAAAAAGUGUGCAUUUUAUGUGUGUUUUUCUGUUUAUGUCAUGCACUGGAUGUCAGUUCAAAUCUUAUGUAUCAUUUAAGCAGGAAGACAACUGUUUGGAUAAGACUAGCUUUGGGGAACUGUUCAUGGAAGAUUAGGCUUUUGGCUUGCAGGCAAGAUUUUUACCUAUUGCUGGAUCAAAUAGCUUAAACUGUGUUUUUAACUAUUUAAAAUACAUACGAAUUUCUAUUUCCUCAUUAUUUUACACUUUCUUUAAAGUUGGUCUUAUUCACCUUUUGUCAAGCUCCUUGGAUAAAGUUAUGUCCCUCUGCCUGUCACUUUUAAAAGACUUUUCACUGGUUAUGUACUGGAAGUUUCUGAAAUCCCACACGGUUACUGACAGUUGCAUGGUUUAAAAGGGAAGGUUAGAGGAAGGUUUUGAUCAUUCCAAUAUGUCAAGGAGAAGUAAGGCUUUUGGUCAUUUUGUUUGUGGCUUAGAUACAGGGGGCCAUGUUCCUCCCUGUUGCAAGCCUGUCCAAGUUGGGUUUGUGACAUUGAGGAUAUACUAAGCCAAACAGUCUGCUCCAGUUCAGUCUUCUAGGAGAAGAUUUCAAGGGAUUAUGUUUUGUAAGAAUUUUAAUGGAGCCUUGAGGACCUUAAGUUCUUUAUCCUCAGCUUUUUAAAAUGAGAGUUUGCAUUAGAUCCCUUAAAAGUCAACGGGAACUCUCUGCUGAAUUAAAUGGGGUCUGAAGCACAUUCUUCUGUACCAGGGUGUCUUCAGCCACUUCUCUGAAUAUUGUAUGAAAUGCUGAAGAGAUGGUGCCGGCUGCACAUCAGAGGCAUCAACAGCAGUUUGAUAGGACCCUUUUUGCAUAAGGUCCAUUUAAUUAAAUUUAUAUGCCUUUGUUUUUGUAUAUGCCCAGGAUUUUCUGAAAGGCAAAUAUAUGCAUCAAAAUGAUGUCCCUCUUCCAAAAGACAUGCAUUGCAUAAGAAAAAGUACCAGGAUCUUGCAAAAAAUUCCUAGUGCCUAGACUCCUCCAUGUGUGUGCACUUGUAUUGACAUUGGUUGCUGCCCUAUGGAGACAGCGGGCUCCUCUUGAAUGGAGCUUUUUGCAGGUCCAGGCCUUACUCUGUUGUGCAGCCCUCAAGGAUAGGAUCAUUUUGAUUAUUCUUUGGGGAAACUUUUCCUUUGAAGGAAAACUACUACUUUGCUUGCAGAGCAGCAAAGCGCUGCAUUUCAGCUACCCCAAAUAGCACUGCCCACUUCUCGUUUGUGGCAAAACUAUAUUCUUUAUGAUAACAUUCUUUAUCUGAAUGAAUAAGAGCUUUCCGUACCUUUUACAUGCCAAAAUUUAUGUAACGAAAUAAGGCAGCAAUCUUCCAUUUGAAACUAGAGGUGUUAGGUUAAGAACAUGGCUAAAAUAACUCAUACUGACAUGUAAUGUGCUCUCUUCUUUGGAAUUGACAAAAACUGUCUUGGGACUUUGCUAUUGACCCCCACCAAGAGGGCUCUUGGGUCCCAGUAUUCUAGUAUCUGCCCACGAGAGAGGUCUUUACACAGCUAACUGCUUCUCAGCUUCAGAAUCCAAGUCCUCUCAUCACUUGGAGCUGCUUAAUUUAUUUCAGCAUGUUGUCAGUGGUCUUUCCAAUGUAUAUUAGUUGCUACUAUUUAUUAUGAUUAUGUUAUGCUUCUUGCAUGUGUUGUUAAAUAUGAACUUUCACAUUUUUCAGCCUUGCAAUUUGAAGACAAACAUUUAUAUAGACACCCCGAGUAUAUAUACAUACACACACACACACACACACACGUAUAUAUGUGUGUGUGUAUAUAUAUAUAAAAUGUAUGCACAUUUGCAAAACUCAUGAUUUGCUUCACUGUUUUUAUAUUCUCUUGUGCAAUUUAAAAAAAAAAAAGUUUUAAAAGUUCUAAGUCACUCAUGUAUGCUAUUUUACCUAUUGCAUUUCUGUUGCUGCAUUGGUAAAAACUUGCAAGUGUUUGGCAUAAUACGCAAGAAACAUUUUAUUGUUGAACACCAAGUGUCAGCCUCACUGUUUAGAAAGUUACUUGGGCA